UCUCCAGAUCCAAAAAAUCCAUGGAGCAACCGGCUGCACUCCCUCCUGCCACCCUGUGACCCACCCAGCGCUCACCCUGCCAGCAGAGCCCAGGACUCAUCUUCUGGACCCGGCUACAACACUCUGCAACAUGGGACCCAAGUCUUCCUCUGGCUUCUACCUGAGCAGGACUUCUGCUGCCCUGCUGGCACUGCUGCUAGCUGCCCUGCUUCUGGCACUGAUUGUCCUGGGGGCUCUGUAUGCCCGGACUAGAAGUGCGGACCUGGCACAGGAGCAGACUGGCACUGUCCCCCCUUUAAUAUCGACCAGGUCUCCACAUGCAUUUAACACGACGACCCCCUCUUCUUUAAUAUUUACCAUGCCUCCUGAAGCCACAGGGCCACCCGGUAUAUGGGACAACCCCAGGCUACCCCCCGACCUGGUGCCCCUGCACUACGACCUGGAGCUGUGGCCAAGGACAGAGCAGGAUGCUGGGGGCAACUAUGGCCUGUCAGGGCAGGUGAACAUCACCCUCAGCUGUGUGCAUGGCACAGACGUGGUGCUGCUGCACAGCUCCCAGCUGAACAUUAGCCGGGCACAACUGGCACCACUGGCAGGGGGGUUCACUUUCAAGAGUGAGCAAGCUGGACUCAAACUAAGUGAUGGAGCCAGAGCCAACCUCUAUGAAGAAAGGGUGGCCUCACACUUACAAGACACAAGUGCCAGCAACUUGGACCAUGGGCAGAACAUUUCUAUUACCACCCUAUGGCACUCUGAGCUCCAUCAGUACCUGGUUCUGGAGCUGGAGAGGCCACUUGUGGCAGGGAACCUGUAUCUGCUGGAGCUGGACUACCAAGGCUUCCUGAGCACUGAAUACUCAGGACUCUUCAUAGCAGAGUACACAGACUUUAACAUAGACAAGGUCCUGGUUGCAUCAGAACUGGAGCCGACAUCUGCUCGGACAGUUUACCCGUGCUUUGAUGAACCUGCAUUUAAAGCAACUUUUAAAACUAGAAUUGUGCACAAUUCAAGCUACGUGGCGUUAUCAAAUAUGCCAGCUAUAGCUGCCUCCGAAAGGGAAGAUGUAAAUGGAACUAAAUGGACUGUUACAACAUUUAACACUACUCUGAAAAUGUCAACCUAUAUAACAGCUUUUGUAGUAUGCGACUUUGAUUACGUCAGAACAACUGAAAGGGGCAACGAGAUACGAGUAUGGGCACGUAAGGAGGUAAUAAAGAAUGGAUUUGCAAACUUUUCUUUGGAUAUUGUGGGGCCAAUUCUUUCUUAUAUGGAGAAUCUAUUAAAUGUCACAUAUCCUUUACUAAAAACAGAUUUAGUAGCAAUGCCGGAUAUCGGCGUUGCCGCAAUGGAGAACUGGGGAUUAAUUACUUUUCAAGAAGCCUCCCUGAUGUAUGAUCCCAAGAACAGGUUCAGCAAUUCGAAGGCUUUGACAUGUUUGAUUGUGGCCCAUGAGAUAGGACACCAGUGGUUUGGAAAUCUUGUUACCAUGAAGUGGUGGAAUGACAUUUGGCUGAAUGAAGGCUUUGCCUCUUACUUUGAAUACAUUGGUGCCAGUUUCAUUGACCCUAAAUUGAAAAUGAAUGAGCUAUUUAUGAUGCACAAUUUGCUAAACAUUUUUGAAGGAGACACCCGGGCGUCCGCAAGACCUGUAUCCAUUGAAGAAAAAGAAAUCAAUAAUGUGGAGCUUAUAGAACCAUUAUUUGAUGAAUUCUCCUACAACAAGGCAGCUGCUCUAAUCCGAAUGGCUUCAUCCUUCCUGACAGAGAUACUCUUCCUCAAGGGGAUCAGCUCAUACUUGAAGAAAUUUUCAUUCUCAAAUGCUGACCAGGAUGGUUUGUGGAAUCAUUUACAAAUGUUUAUAGAUGACCAGGAUGAAGUAAAAUUACCAAUGUCAUUGAAAAAUAUCAUGGAUUCGUGGACAUGGAAAAAAGGAGUCCCUCUAGUAACACUCAACACGUCUACUGGAACGCUAAGUCAAAGGAUGUUGAAGAUAGGCAAUAAGGAAAACGACACCAGUGAUUCCAAUCAUACAUGGAUUAUUCCUAUUUCCUGGAUGAAAAAUGGAAUUCAGAAGCAAUUAAUAUGGCUAGAUACUAAGACAAAAAAUGUCUCUGAAAUGAAGACAAGUGAUGAUGAAUGGAUUAUAUUAAAUAUUAAUGUCACUGGUUAUUACAAAACAAAUUACGAUGUCAAAAAUUGGAACAGUAUCGCAAAAAAGCUUGAAGAAGACAAUGGGUUUCUGCCAGUUGUUAAUAGAGUGCAGAUCAUGGAUGAUGCAUUUAUAUUGGCAAAUGCUGGUUACAUGGAAUAUGAAACAUCUCUCAAUUUAACAAGAUAUCUGGAAAACGAAAUGGAAAUCCUGGUGUGGUACAGAGUUCUGAAACACUUAAUUAACUAUAAAAAGUCACUGGUUACAUAUCAUUCCUUUCCGCUAAUAAAGAAAUAUAUUUUGAAAAGAAUCAACCCAAUAUUUCAACACUAUGCAAGUAUCAUUCGCAGAAAUUUUGAGGAAACUGUUGAUGACAUAUUUGUUCAUACAGGAAUAAAUGACAUUUUUAAGGCUGCCUGUUUUCUUGGACUAAAAGAUUGUCUUGAUCUGGCAAGUGAGCUGUAUACAAAAUGGAUGGCUAACACCACUAAUGAAAUACCCGAUUCUAUUAAAAGUUCAGUUUAUUGCUAUGGUAUUGCAGAAGGUGGUGAAAAGGAAUGGGAGUUUGCAUGGAAUUAUUAUAAUAAAUCAGACAUGGAAGAUCAUUGGGAGCUGUCUUUCCUCAAGGAUGGUUUGAGUUGCACCAAGGAACCAUGGCUGUUGUAUCGGUACUUGAAGGACAGCAUGAACAGUGGUUCUCCUAAUAUGUUGGAGGUCUUGUUGGAUAUGCUUAAAAAUGACAUAGGAAGACACGUAGCUUGGGACUUUUUGAAAGAGAACUGGCAUCAAAUAAAUGACAUCAACAUGAAAGAAUCCAAUCACUUUUAUGAAAUGUUAUUACCAGACUUAGGAUCUAAAGCCACGUCUGAGCUGCAGUUCCAAGAGUUGGAGCUAUUCAUUACAACUACUAUGGAUGAAAGUAGUAGAGACAAUAAACUUGAGGGGCUGCAAGCAAAAAAGAAAGCCCGGUUAGAGUGGAUAAACAUUGUGAAUACCAGAAUUACUGACUGGCUACAGAGGAAUACACUGGAUUCAGAUUUCUAAAGUCUAUCAUUUAUAAUGCAGCAUCUGAGAUUUUGUAGCCUUUUUCUAAAGAUUAUUCUCUUAUAUAUAAAAGUUCCAAUUAUUUUUUGUUUAGAAAUCAAAAUUCUUGAUAUAUAUUUUUUUACAACAUGGAAGAAUGUGAUUAAACUU